AUGCAGUUUACAAAUGCUUUGGGUAAUGCUCAGAUCUCGACAGUCAUCAACGAAGCUUUGGCGUUACUUAACACAAUCAAGACGACUGCCAUAGCCACAAGCUCUGCUACUGCAAGACAUAAACGUCAACAGCAAGCUCAAGUAGCAAAGAACUACCAAAAAGAACUAUCAAUCAUCACCCAACAAACCCAGAAGAUAUUAGCGGAAGAAUUACGCCAGCUCAAUUUGCCCAACAAUUGGUGGAAAGAUUUGGCUUUAACCUCGCUAUCAAAGUCGUCAAUUCCUUUACAGAAACUAGAUGUAUCAUGUUUGUCCGCCUUAUCUGCGUCCAGUCGGACAGCCUCUCCUUAUUCACAAAAAGCAGCAACGCUUGGCUAUUCGUAUAUUCAGCCUAUCUUUAAUUCGUAUUCACACCAACGAUUACCCAAAUGUAAGCAUGACAUCAUGUUCAAGCUAUACCUUGUAAAAAAUAAUUGA